CUCGCAGGAAUGUCGGGCAAGGAGCGGCGUCUCGCCCAGCGCAGAAUCCUGGCCGAAGACCCCGAAUGGAACCUGUCGCCCGUCCCAAAGCUCAGCGAUUUGUGCAUCAAGGCAAUCGUGACCAACUUUGAGAAGAGGCCCAUCAUCAACGGAAUCCCGUCCAAACAUCGCGAACGGGUCCUAUCGUCCAUCUCGACCGAGCUGCCGCUUACGAUCGUGACGCCGCUGAUCCCCGAGCAGCUGUAUUGGAAGCGGCGCGCCGUUGCCAACUUCAAAAACUGCGAUCCCAAGCAGCACGGGGGCUCGUGGAAACAGCUCUUUUGCGAGCUUCAUCUCCAGACAAUUAUCGAGUCGUACUCACCAAAGAAAGGCCGGGGCAGCGAUGAGUGGGAUGUCUUCCUGGCCACCGUCCGGCUCCUAUCGCCAUGCAUCAACAAACUCGUCAUCAAGCAGCUCAGACCCACGGAGCCAGCGGAAGGAACUGUCGUCAAAGCCACGGAUCCACCUCCUGACCACCUGGAUCUCCAGACAAUGGUGUCGAGUCUGCCGCAACUGCGCGACCUGAGCAUCUACUAUGGGAUUCGGGACUGCAACAUCGAUUUCAACUGGUCGUUCUUUGGCAUGACCCUCAAUGACUGCGUCUUGCUGACCAACGUCCUCAAGGCCAAUAACACCCUGACCUCGCUCAGGAUCCAGAGCAGCUCUGUCGAUGACGAUCGAUGCAGGCUGAUCUCGAAUGCACUCCUGACCAACAAGGCUCUGAAAACGCUCGAUCUUUCGCACAACAAGAUCGGGGACAGCGGUGCCCGAGCACUCGCCAAAGUGUUAUCCGUGCAAACGACCGUCCUGGCUGACCUCAAUCUCUCGAACAACAAGGUUGGCCGGCAGGGCGCCUACUGUCUGGGCAAGGCACUCGCCACUAACAAGACGCUGCAGCAUCUGAGGCUACGGAUGAACUACAUCGGAGACACAGGCGGUGCCCAGCUCUGCGGCGAGCUGCGAAAGAACGACACCCUCGUCAGCGUCGACCUAUGCGGCAACAACCUCGGCGCCGAGACCGUCCGUGCCCUUUGCGCCCUUUUGGAGAAAAACGGGAGGCAGUUGGCGUCUCUGGAUUUAUCCUGCAAUAAGCUCGGCCUGUUUCCAUCGGCCACGACCAUCUUUGCAGCUUCGGCGGCACCCGCUGUUGCCUCGGCUGCUGCGGCUGGGACCAGCGCUCCGGGAAACUUUGGAGACGACGCCAAGAAGGAAGUCGAUACCGCGGGCAAAGCGCUCUUUGAAGCCAUUAGCCAAAACAAGUACGUCACCUUCUUUGAUAUCCGCGUCACGGACCUUUCACAGGAGUACUCUGUGGCGAUCCAAGGCAUCAUUGCCGAGAACAUGCAGGCUCUCUGAGGACAACCUGGCGGCGACUCUACUGCCAAGGGCAAGGGGCGCCGAGUUGAAGUGGGCGGCAACGAUGCAAGCGUGGCGAGUUGCAAUCGAUCUUCUUCGCAUCUCCGGAGAGCCAGGGCUCCAUCACACAUCCGAAGGCGCCUGCAGUAUCCACGGAGCGGCCCAUGGCCAAGAGAAGGUGCUUGGCGAUCCUCGCGGUCCUCCUGGGGAAAGGGCGAGGAGGGCCAUGUACUCUGAUUAUAUCGCCACGGCAGGUUUCCUCCGGCAUUUUUCAGCACAGUGGUUGAAUGCGUGAUAAAGCCGUGGUGAGCACAUCGCUCCAUAUCGGAAUAUAUUGAGUUGCUGGCUAUCUAUAUCAUGAAGCAUGCACUUCAGAGUGACGCCGACGCGGGGAUCGCUGCUUGCUGUCUGUCGCUCAAAUGAGUUUCUAAAGCAAUGAGCCAGCCGAUUGAAUGGCGUAUG